UCUGCAUAAAAACGAAUUUUAUACUCCUAUUACUUUGGAAAUGUUUAAUUAAAAAGUAUUUUUGAAGUGGCCAUUUAUUACAGUAGCGUAAUUUUGAGAUAUUUGUCUGAAUUUUUAAAACAAAAGGGUUUUUCCAAUAUUUGGUGAUUAUAAGUUCAACAAAAUUAAAAUCGUGUUCUUUUAACGUAUUGGUCAAGUGAGAGCUCAGAAAAAUGAAUGACAGACACAAAAAAAAACACAUCAUAGUAAAAUUAAACCUUUUCAAUGAUCAUUGAAGCUGAAAUUUAAGAAUCAUAAAACAUUUUCAGAUUUUUAUCUACGGGAUCAAACUUUGUAGCUUUACAAUUUGAAUUUUUAUUGGGAAGAAGUACAAUAGCUUUAAUUAUACGAGAAACUUGUCAAUUUUUGUGGACCAUUUUACAGCCUGAAGAAAUGCCUUUACCUGAUCUUGAAAAAUGGAUGGAUGUUACUAAUCAGUAUUAUAAAAAAACUAAUUUUCCCAAUUGCAUAGGAGCUGUAGACGAAAAACAUAUUCGUUGCCAAAACCCUCAUGAAGCAGGCUCUUUUUUUUUUAACUACAAAAAGUAUUUUUCUAUGUUAUUAAUAUGCGUAGUAGAUUCCGAAUAUUGUUUUAUCGCUAUCGACGUAGGUGCUUAUGGUAGAGAAGGUGACUCGACUGUCUUUAAGGACUGUCCAUUUGGCAGAAAACUUUAUUCAAACCAGCUAAAUCUUCCUGCGCCUACUUGUUUGCCAAACACAACUAGCUCACCGCAACCAUUUGUUUUAGUGGCCGACAAAGCUUUUGGAUUACACCAAAAUUUAUUGAGACAAUUUCCAGGACGAAACCUCACUCAAAAAAGAAGAAUAUUUAAUUAUAGAUUGUCAAGAGCUAGAAGAUUAGUAGAAUGUGCUUUUGGAAUCCUUGCUAACAAAUGGAGAAUUUUGCACACAACGAUUUUAGUUGAGCCAGAUUUUAUCAAUGAAAUAGUUAAAGCCUGUUGUAUACUACUAACUAUGUACGCAGAAGAGACGGCUACAAUUUUGAGGAUACGUUAUCUAAUUUUUUGGAGGAUUAUUAGGUUAGUGGGGGAACUGGAUCUCGUCAACAAGGGAUUGAAGUAAGAGACUAUUUUGCUGAGUAUUUUAUGAACAAUAGGGCUGAGCCCUUUCAAAACCGAUAUUUUAAGUGGGGUAUGUAUGAACUUUGAUAUCAAUAAUACAUUGACAUAUUUGUACUUAAUCUCUUUUAUAUUUUAUAAUGUAUUUUAAAUAUGCACCCCAUACAUCCACAAAAGUAUUUUCUAAAUUCUAUAGAUUUUGUAAGUCAUAAUAAUAAUAAUAAUUUAUAAACAACAUAAAAUAUUAUUUUUAAUUUAAAAAAAACGCAUGAAAAAUAAAAAAUAAAUAUGCAAAACAAUUUGCGAAUUAUUACAUCUUCCAAAACCGUACGAUUGAACCGUACAUGUGUGAUGGUGGUGAUAAGAUAUAAUGUGUUUUGAUAGCAAACGGU